GAGAGAGGGCUGAGGGUUGUCCUCCAUGUUUUAAUAAGCAUUGACAUUACACACAGGUCUUUUUAGCCAUGCAUCCACAGAGGCCCCUGCUGCAUUCCUGUGAGCCGCUCUACUGGCAAAGCCUGUGUUCUCACCGUUGCCACGGCGAGCUUAGAACGUCUACAAAAUGGACGCCUGAGACCGCUCUGAGCCAUUAGAGAAAGGAGGUGAAGGGAAGAGAAGCUGGCUGAUGUGCGUUUGUCACAGUGCUGCAGGAGCGAUCCCGGGCACACACACGCAUUCCUUCUCCGUGAAGGUUUUCUGGGAGAAAUGGAGUGUGGUUUGGAGCGUAUUUUUGAUGGCUGAUGGCAGAAGCAACUCUACCCUGCAUUGCAGCAGUGGAUCAGAGCAGAGAGAGGGGAGCAGAGAGAGCCAGCGUGCCACACAGCAUCUACCGCCCAAUCACGCGCCUCCGUGUGGCUCUCAAACCAAUCGGCAGCCCACAGCUGAGGUUAAAGAUUGACAAUCGCACUGAGAGCAGCAGGGAGAGCAAGGCCCUUCUGGAAAAUUCUGCACCCAUCUUUGUCUCAUCCCUUACAGCUAUUAUAAUUGAGAAAAAAAAAAAUUAAAAAAGGGCCCUGCCUGAAGAAUCUGUACUGUGCACGUAAAGAAAAUUUAAGUUUGGCAGAAGAAGAGGUGAAGGCAGAGUCAGAUGUGAUUGAGGCGAUGGAGAUUGCAACACGAUCCAAGGUGUCUGACCCGGGGUCAGUCGAUCGCACUGCUCCUAAACGCAAGGUGUCCAGCCCCCCGCACUCUUCCAACGGUCACUCUCCUUCAGAAACAUCCCCAAGCCCCGUAAAAAAGAAAAAGAAACCAGGAGCUGUCAACAGCAGCAAAGAUCAGUCCGAACUAAGACAUGGUCCCUUUUACUAUGUGAAGCAGCCCGCACUCACCACAGACCCUGUUGAUGUUGUACCGCAGGACGGCAGGAACGACUUCUACUGCUGGGUGUGCCACCGAGAGGGCCAGGUGCUCUGCUGUGAGCUCUGCCCACGCGUCUACCACGCUAAGUGCCUCAAACUGGCAGCAGAGCCUGAAGGGGACUGGUUCUGCCCCGAGUGUGAGAAAAUAACAGUAGCGGAAUGCAUCGAAACUCAGAGCAAGGCGAUGACCAUGCUCACGCUAGACCAGCUGUCUUACCUGCUUAAGUUUGCCCUCCAGAAGAUGAAACAGCCAGGUGAUCAGCCUCGUACUUCAUCUCAGUCAUCCCAUACUCCUGGCUCUCAGAAAAAAGCUUAUAAUUGGACAGAACCGUUUCAGAAGCCGGUGUGUCUCGAGCAGCAUCCCGAUUAUGCGGAGUAUAUUUUUCAUCCCAUGGAUCUGUGUACAUUAGAAAAGAAUAUCAAAAAGAAACUAUAUGGCUCUACUGAAGCGUUCUUGGCUGAUGUGAAGUGGAUUUUGCACAACUGUAUUAUUUACAAUGGAGGGAAUCAUAAGCUCACAGCAACAGCUAAAGUUAUAGUAAAAAUCUGUGAACAUGAAAUGAAUGAAAUUGAGGUCUGUCCAGAGUGCUAUCUUUCAGCCUGCCAGAAGAGAGAGAACUGGUUUUGUGAGCCAUGUAGUAACCCCCAUCCUUUAGUGUGGGCCAAACUUAAGGGGUUUCCCUUCUGGCCUGCCAAAGCUCUACGAGACAAAGAUGGACAAGUGGAUGCUCGAUUCUUUGGACAGCAUGACAGAGCCUGGGUACCAAUCAACAACUGCUACCUCAUGUCUAAAGAGAUCCCUUUCUCUGUGAAGAAGACCAAAAGCAUAUUCAACAGUGCAAUGCAGGAGAUGGAAGUCUAUGUUGAAAACAUCCGCAAAAAAUUUGGUGUGUUCAAUUAUGCCCCGUUCCGCACGCCCUACACACCCGACAACCAGUUCCAAAUGCUUCUUGACCCUGCCAACCCAAGCGCUGGCUCCGUCAAACCUGAAAAACAGGAGAAGAUCAAGUUUAGCUUUGACAUGACUGCAUCACCCAAGAUGCUUGUGGGCAAGAACAUGAUGUCAGGGGGGAUUGGUGGAGGAGGAACUGGAAGACGGAUCUCUAUGACGGACAUACCUCGUUCACCAAUGAGCACCAACUCCUCUGCCCAUACUGGCUCUGAUGGUGAGCAAGAGGGUGGUGAAAAGAGCCAAGCCAGAGUACCGCUACCCCACCACAGCACAGGAGAAGAGUCUCUUGAAAGUACAGCGUCCCCUGCUGCUUCCAGAGCAGGUCCUGCAAGCAGCGCUGUGGACAGCCCUAAACCAUUCCACUCUACGGGUCCCAGUACACCCAUCAAACAGGAGAAAGCGCCUGCCACAGGUGGAAUCCUAAACCUAAACCUCGACCGCAGCAAGGCCGAGAUGGACCUGAAGGAGUUGAGUGAAUCCGUUCAACAGCAGCAACAGCAGCAGCAGCAGGGACCCCAGGCCUCCCUUACGUCCCCCAAAAGGCAGAUGAGGAGUCGCUUCCAGCUCAACCUGGACAAGACCAUCGAGAGCUGCAAGGCACAGCUGGGUAUAGAUGAGAUAUCUGAGGAUGUGUAUAAAGGUGUGGAGCACAGUGACUCGGAAGACUCGGACAAGUCUGACUCCAGCGACAGCGAGUACGCCAGUGAUGACGAACAGAAACCAAAGAGUGUCCAGGACUCCACCACUGACAACAAGACAGAGAAAGAGCCAUCCAAAAAGAAGCCCAAACCGUCGCCCCCUGUUAGCGAAGACAAGGACAGCAGUGUAGAAGCCUCGGGAACCCCUAGCAUGGCGACCAAAGGUGAAACUCCACAGAGAGCUGGAUCAAGCGUCUCUCCAGUGAAAGAGAAACCAGCCAUCGACUUGGACAAAGAAGCAUCAAAAGCGGCACUGAAAGUAGCUCCGGCCUCUCCGAGUGCAAGAGACAAACUCAAAACGGCAGAGGAGAGCAGGCAGCUGGCGUCUGACGACGCAGAUAUGGACUCAGACUCGGAGAGAGAGCUAGUGAUUGAUCUGGGGGAGGAGCCAGGAGGAAGAGAGAGGAAGAGGAGCAGGAAAGACUCAACUGCUGUCACUGCACUCAAAGAACCUGCAGCUUCUAAGAUGGAGGGUAAGGCCCCUGUCACAGGAAGUCUUGCACAGUCCCAUCCUCCUGCAACCCUCUCCACCACACCAGGCCUCAAAGACCCCCUGCAGUCUCCCAUGGCGAUUCCUCUGAACGUAGUCACCGUGCCUGCGGUCCCUAACGCCACGGCCCUCGCCUCUUCUACCACCCCCAAUGCCACCUUGUCUCCGGCAGCAGCCACCUCCUCAACCCCCACCAGCACCGUGAAAAAGCAGCGCCCCCUGCUGCCCCGGGAGACUGUGCCAGUUGUGCAGCGGGCCGUGGUGUGGAACCCCACUGCCAAGUUCCAGACGUCCUCUCAGAAGUGGCACAUGCAGAAGGUGCAGAGGCAGCAGCAGGGCCAGACGCAGACGCAGCCGACCACACAGACGCAAGUGCUUGCGCAGACGCAGGCACUAGCGCAGACGCAAGCGCAGCCCUCGCCUGUGUCCACGCAACAGCCUGCAGCCGGCACGAGAUACCAGACGCGACAGGCUGUUAAAGCCGUCCAGCAGAAAGAUGCCCCGCACAGCACGUCCACCUCAGCUGUCACCCUGGUUACCAGCGCGCCGGUGUCGGCAACAAUUGUGACCGGUGCCACAGUGAGUUCCACCCUAUCGGCAACCUCCGUGGCUGGAGAGCUGCAGAUUCCCACCACCUCAGCUGAUGUGGCAGCUGACAUCGCAAAGUACACUAGCAAAAUAAUGGAUGCAAUCAAGGGAACAAUGACUGAAAUAUACAAUGACCUCUCCAAGAGCACCUCAGGAAAUACAAUAGCAGAAAUUAGACGGUUACGGAUUGAAAUUGAAAAACUGCAAUGGCUGCAUCAACAGGAGUUGUCCGAGAUGAAGCACAAUUUAGAGCUGACCAUGGCGGAAAUGAGACAGAGCCUGGAGCAGGAGAGGGAGCGGCUGGUAUUCGAGGUGAAGAAGCAGAUGGAGAUGGAGAAACAGCAGGCUGUGGAUGAGACCAAGAAGAAGCAGUGGUGUGCCAACUGCAAGAAGGAAGCCAUUUUCUACUGCUGCUGGAACACCAGCUACUGCGACUACCCCUGCCAGCAGGCGCACUGGCCUGAACACAUGAAGUCCUGCACACAGUCUGCAACAUCAUCACAGCAAGAACCAGAAACAGAGUCGAGCACGGACGCCAUUCCUAAAGCUUCCGGGCCUCCAACCAGCAGUCAGGAUUCUCCGCAAGAGUCCACAGCAGCUCCCCCAGACAAAGACAGUGACGCUGACAAAUCUAAGGACAAUGUCACUGUCAGUCUGUCCUAGCUCAGACCCAUGAAGUCUGUCUGAAAACUGUACUUACACCUGCAUAACUGUACAAAACAUAGAUGAAUAAUUCACUACAAAAAAAAAAACAAAAAAAGACAACAAAAAAAGUAUUUUGUGUUUUUGUCUUGCCAAGCUGUGCUUGUGGAAUUUUGGGAAGCUGACUAAUUUGUCUGUUUAGUAACAAUUUCAAGUUCCAAACAGAAGUCACUGAAUCUCCUGUGUGCCACACAUGCAUUAUUGAAGCCUAGCGUUAAUGCUUUAAUAACCAAUUCCACUUUAGUGACUUCCUUUGCCCUUUUUUAGUUGAUUCUUAGUGUUCUGGAGUCCAUAAUUUCAUUCUAAAAGGCUUGUCCAUUUUUCUUCAGAAUGCCAACCUGGAUUACCACUAUGAACCUGCAAAAAUAUUUCUUUUUUUAAAUACACUGCAGUUAUCCCAUGGUGCUUACUUCAUGUUUGUGGGAUUUCAGUAGAAUUAAGACUUGUUUAGCAUUUAAUGUUUCAUUCUGGAGUGAAAGUUAGUUCAAGAACUAUAGAACAUCUUUCUACAUGAACCAGGGCAGAAUGCAUCUUUUUGUUUUAAUGUGUCUCAAUACAAAAAGCAUGCGACUCAGCAUCACGAGUGAGGUUAUGGAGACUGAAGCAGCCAGCCUCAAAUGUGAGGCAAUAAAGCAACUGGUUAAAAAAAGGUCUGAGUGUAAAAUAUAAAAGACCAACUACAGAGGAUACCUAAUAUCUUUUAUAGACUUAAAGUCAUGUCUGUCACUAUGGAAAAGGGCCUUGGUGAAGUGGCAGUAAAGUUAUGUUUUCGCUGCAAUUUAUGUUCUUUCCUAAUGUAUAAGCUUUAUAUGAGAGUGGAUAACAAAAGAAAAAAUGGGAUAUGGUUGUUAAUUUAAUGUAAUUUUAUUUUUACAAUUGAUAGACUUUAAAGAAGAAUACUAGUUUAUGUUCAUAUUUAUGUUAAUUUAUCCAGAUGUUUUGUUAGGUAAUAUAAAGUUCGAAAGACUACAUUAUUUUUAGGUUGCUUAUGCAUCACUAAAACCAUUUGAAACUGCUCGUGGGGGUAAAAAUUAAUCUCUGAUUAGAUUAGCUACUAAAAUUUGCCAAGUGUGAUAUUUUUUUAACAAUUUAUUAUGGUACAGUAAGACAUGACUAUCACCACCAGAUAUCAGCCUGUUUAUUGUUUAUAAUUCUGAAUAGAAUACAUACUUAAAAAAAAAAAAUUCUUUACAUUUUUUCUAUGCCUCAGAACAUUUUUGCCUUCUUCACUCACCAGUGUACACAUUUUCAAGUUCUGUUUUUGAGUGGUACAUUACUGGCGUCCAACUGGAGUCUUAUUCCUAUCUGUUUUGUCUUUUUCUUUUUAAAAUCACAAUAACUAUUUCAAACAGUCUUCAGUGUUAUAACAGACAUUAUAGAGCUAUUUCUUUACUUUUUUCCAGUAGUCUUAAUAUGUUACUUUUUUAUCAGUUUGUAACUUGAAAAUAAUUUUUUUUUCAUCGGACCUGUAUCUAGAACAGACUGAGUACCAAAGUUGAGACACUGAAUAACACUGGUUUAUUGUUGUAUUAUAAAAUGCCAUAAUUUAGGUUUAUACAACACAUACAAUAUCACCCUUUUAGCAGCCUCUCUAAUAUUAUGUUGACUGUUGACUGUUGAUAAGAUGAGGACAUUAUUCUUAAUUAGAAAAAAAAGAUCCAGGGGAUUCACUGUAUAUAGUACAAGAAAACACAAAUGUUUACAUAUUGUACAUAAAUAAAGAUUUGGUGGUCUUAA